GCCGCGCCGGCAGCAUGAGGGCGCACGAGCAGGAGUUGAAAAUGGAGAGCGACAUUCUAGACGCGCUGGAGGCUUUGGGGUAUAAAGGUCCCCUGUUAGAGGAGGAAGCACUUAGCAAAGCAGUAGAAAAUGGAUUAUCUUCACCAGACUUUUCUGAGCUUUGUGUUUGGUUAAGUUCUGAAAUAAAAUCAGUGUGUGACCUGGAAGAAAGCAUCACUUCAACAGCUGGUGGGGAAGAUGUAGAGAGCUUCCAGCUUGAGAUUAGUGGUUUUUUAAAAGAAAUGGCUUGCCCAUAUUCAGCACUUGUGUCUGGAGAUAUUAAGGACAGGUUAAAAAAGAAAGAGGAUUGUCUUAAACUCCUGCUAUUUUUAAGUACAGAGCUUCAAGCUUUACAGAUAUUGCACAGCAAGCAACUUAAAAGUUCUCAUUUGGAAAAGAAUAACGAAAUCUAUCAGGAAGUGCAAACUCUCUGUGACUCGUUGGGCCUAUCAAAGCCAUCAUCUUCUGACAUUCCUCUCUUGUUAAGCAACGUGGAGUCAAAGAUCAAGGACAUUCUUUCAAAAGUAAAAAAUACCCAUGUGGGGAAACCACUGCUAACAACACCUUUGAAUCCUGAUCAGACGGAAAGAUUGGAAAAAAUCAAUGAUGCCCUCUGCAGUGAAUAUGAAUGUCGUCGUCGGAUGUUAAUGAAGCGGCUUGAUGUGACCGUACAAUCCUUUGGAUGGUCUGAUAGAGCAAAGGUUAAAACAGAUGACAUAGCAAGAAUUUAUCAGCCCAAACGUUACGCACUAUCUCCUAAAACAACCAUUACGUUUGCCCACCUUCUUGCUGCUCGAGAAGACUUAUCAAAGAUCAUAAGGACAAGUAGUGGAUCUACACGAGAAAAGACAGCCUGCGCUAUCAAUAAGGUCCUGAUGGGGAGAGUGCCAGACCGUGGAGGCAGACCAACUGAGAUUGAGCCACCACCUCCUGAAAUGCCCCCUUGGCAGAAGAGACAAGAAGGUGGUGGGAGGGGUGGUUGGGGGGGAGGAGGUGGUGGUGGUGGGAGGGGUGGUUGGGGGGGAGGAGGUGGCAGAGGAGGAGGUGGUGGCUUCAGUGGUGGUGGUAGAGGUGGAGGUGGUUUCCAAGGACGGGGAGACUAUGGGGGCAGGGGGGGUUACAGUGGCAGAGGCGGCUAUGGAGAUCCAUAUGGUGGAAGGGGAGGAGGAGGAGGAGGAUAUAGAAGAUACUAA